CUCUAUCAUCACCAGCGUUACCACAAUCGUUGCAGAUUCUCUCCUCAGAUACCCAAAUCUCAAAUUCCAUUUCUUAUCACCAGCUAUUGACCACAUCGCGAUUAUGAAGUUCACGCUCAAGAUCUAUUCCGUUCUCGCUUUAGCCGUUUCCGCAAUGGCGUUGCCCACCACCGACACGCGAGUUAUCCAACUCCGCCUCUGGGGUGAAACUGGUUGUGCCGAGGACAACAUGGGUGAGCUUGGCUUGUACCAAUCCGGCCUUGAUGAAUGUGGCACCUUUGCAGGCCCUUAUGCCAUUCAUUCUAUCACCACCUAUUACGUCGUAGCAGGAUAUGCUGCGCAAUUCUUCACCGAUUCAAAUUGCGAGGAGGGCGUCCAAAAUGUAACUGCGCCAGGAUGCCUUGACAGUGACACUGCGUUCGCCAGCUACAAGCUUGUCUCGAACUAG